CUAGGCAUGCAGACUGCUUCUACAAACAUUUGUGAAAGAAUGGGUCGCUCUCAGGAGCUCAGUGAAUUCAAGCGUGGUACCGUGAUAGGUUGCCACCUGUGCAAUAAGUCCAUCCGUGACAUUUCCUUGUUACUAAAUAUUCCACAGUCAGCUGUUAGUGGUAUUAUAACAAAGUGGAAGCAACUGGGAACAACAGCAACUCAGCCAUGAAGUGGUAGGCCUCUAGAGCAGUGGAGAUGUGUUCUGACGAAUCACAAUUCUCUGUCUGGCAAUAUGGUGGAUGUGUCUGGGUUUGGCUAUUGCCAGGAGAAUGGUACUUUCCUGACUGCAUUGUGUCAAGUGUAA